AUGUCUCGCAUUACAGUUUCUCUCUGUCUAGCUCUGAUACAGCUUGCCUCUUCAAAGGUGCUGUCUCCCAGAUGGAACAAUUCUGCUCAAUCUAUCCUAGAUGAAGCUUUAGUUGCUCUAGGGGGAGAAGAUGUCAUCUCAGCACUUGAUGGAGUUACUUAUUACUCUCCCACUGUUUACCGCUCCCGAAGUCUCAUGCAAAGUUAUAAUUUGUACCAUGCCGACACCCCGGUCGCUGUCUCUGGCUCUCAGAAUAUAUCAUUUAGUUUUGACUCUGACGAGCUAACCCAACGAAUUGACCGCAAAUUCCACCCCUCUGAGUACUGGUCCUGGGCAACUCCAAGUAACGAUGAUUUUGAUCAUUCACUUGUUGUUCAUGGUGGCGAGAAUGGGUUUGCAUGCUACACUCGCGGAAAUAACCAAGUGUGGCUUCCAACAAACCUUGCAUCGGGAUACACUGACGCUGCACUUGCCGAGUAUUUCGUGUUGCAUGGAAAAAUGCUUUCCCCUAAACUCCUCCUUGAAGUCAAAAUGCACAAGAAUGCAAAAUCUGUCGAGGUCGAAAUUAACGGGAUAGUCAUGCCCGCUGUUUAUGACCCUGUCUUCGACAUCACCAUCAUCUUCGACAGUUCCAGUCAUCUUCCUCACAUCGUCCGAGCAGAGGAGAAUCACAUGAUAUAUGGACCUUCAACCAAUGACUUAUAUCUUUCCAGCUACAAAGCUGUCGAAGGCAUCAAAUUUCCCCAUAUCGUCCAGACCGUGUACAACUCCAGCACCCAGAAGCUCGAUGCUGUGAUUGAGGAUUACAUCAUAGAGCAAAUCACUGUCAACCCUGGAUUCUCAAAUGAUUAUUUCAGUGGCCUGCCUGAAGGUGAGGGCUUCUUUCCUAAAAGUGCGCCGAGGAAAAUUGAGGGCUUCUCGCAUGAUCGCAUCACCGAGUUCAGCUCUAACGGUCUUUGGUCCGGACUUACCAAUUCUACUGUCGACGGGAUCAAACACGGCCAACCGGCUCCAGGUCUCCCCAAUGCCCAUUGGCUCACGCUCGACGAUGACACUCUUGGUGUCAAGCAGUUUAUUAUUGAAUUCGAGGAUCAUGUCAUUGUUGGGGAUGCUCCACCCCAGUGGACGAAGGAGGUGAUUCUCUGGAUCGAGAAGAAUAUCCAAAAGCCCGUCAAAUAUCUCUGGCCAACCCAUCACCAUCGAGACCACAGCGGCGGCGCCAGCCAGUACGUCAAGCUCGGCGCCAAACUAAUCGUGCCCGAAAUUGCCGCCAAAUACUGGGCCAGUAUUCCCAACGCAGAGCUAAUCCUUUUCAACGAGACUCAUCCUUACAUUCAUGGCGACAACAAGUACCAAGCCUGGUUCCUGUGGGAAAAGGAGGCCACGCACGCCAUUGACUUUUCCUACGCCUUUAUCACCGAGAAAUGCCCCACGAAGAAAUCUGAUGUUGCCGUAAUUGAGGCUGACGUUUGGCAUCCAGGCAUGCCUGAUGCUCAAAAUGAUCGCCAACUGAUGCGAGAGUGGCUCAAUCAGGUCGAUAAAGAUGGGGUGCCAGACAAGGCUUAUGUGCUUCCUACUCACGGUCAGGUUAGGCAUCUCAAGGAAUUGACUGAGCAUGCCGACUACGUGUAUCCCUCCAAGGCUGUGAAGGACUGGAUGGGUGGCGGAGCUGUGUGCUCCAAAGCCUAG